GUUUAGCUCAGGCACCGUCCAAUGUGCAUCGAGAUUCGUGAUCAUAAAACUCGUGUGGUAUUUGCCUUCGCUUCUCUGGUCUCUGGUCUCUGGCCUCCGUCCUGCUCACCUCCCGGCCGGCCUCACGCCCUCACCCCUAUCCGCCGCGAGCCGCCUCUCCUUCGUCGGCGUGUUCCUAGCUUGCCUUUGCCGCGCACUAGCAGUGGCAUGAGGGCGGGGCGGCCCAAGAUCGGCGACCAAGCGACCAGCGACGUGGUAGUGCGGCUACGGACGCCGGAGGGCCGAGACGAGUGGCUCUACUGCCACUCCGCGGUCCUCACCGCCGGCAGCACCUACUUCGCCGACCGCCUCUCCGACGCCUGGCCGACGUGCCAGAUCCUCGGCUCGCGCUACUGCGUCGAGGUCUACUGCCAGGAGCUGGACCUGAGCUCCCAUGUCACCGCGCUCCGGCUCCUAUACGCCACCGAGCCCUGCUCCCAUUUCGGCGUCCGCGGCGCGCUGGGCGUGCUCCAGGCCUCCGUGCACCUUGGUUGCGGGCAGAUCGCCGCCGCCUGCGCCGGCUACAUCGAGUCCGCCCCCUGGGACGAGGCCGACGAGGAGGAGAUUCUGAGGACCGUCCCCGGCCUCGGUCCGCAGUACGAGUGCAUCCUUGCGCGUCUCCGGCCAAUCGAUCCGGCUCCGGUGACGAGCAUAUUCCUUUCGGCGUUCCGGCACGCGACGCUCCCGUCGGCGGCUGGGCCAGCGCGGGAGCUCAAGUCUGCAGCUCAGGAGCAGCUGGAGUACAUGCUCACCGAAGAUGACGACGCCCCAUUGGUAGCCCUUGACAACGACACUGUGAAGUCUCGAGUGAAGGAUUGUGCCACAGGUUUACUAAGUCAGUUCAGUGAUUUCAUGAGUUCUAUCCUGAUCCUGACGAAACAAAAGGAGGCGCCUUCUGAUGGUGAGCACCGCGAGCUUCAGCAGGGGUUACAGUCUUUUGUUUGUGAUAUCUCUUGGGUCUGUCAGGUCAUGAGCAAGCUCGAGAUGAUGAAGUGCAUUGUUCUCUACUGGGUUGGAGUGUCCUCUGAUGUGAUCGAAACUGUUGGUGUAGUAUGCACUGGGUAUGACUGUCUGAAGACCAGGCUGAAGGUGGUAGAGGUGUCUGCAAAAGUCCUGGAGGCUGUUGCAUUUGGCAAUGUCGUCCUUCCAGCUGAGAAGCGCUGUCAUAUGGUGAAUUUAUGGAUUCGAUUUGCAAGAAUGACAAAAUCUUUGGUUGAUCAGGCCUAUCCGGAUGAUGAUGAUGAUGAUGAUGGCGAAGCUGAGACACCAAAGGAAAACCUGGACAAUGAGGUCUGGCAGGGCCUGGAGUCUGCAAUUGUUUCGAUUUUGCUGACACUGCCGUCAAAUAGUCAAGCUGAGAUUUUAUCAGAGUGGCUUCAGUCAAAACAUGUUAGAUAUCCUGACUUGACGGAGGCAUUUGAAGCCUGGUGUUAUAGAUCAAAGGUUGCUAAAAGAAGGCUCUCUUUCUUGAGCAACAUUGGCCAGGUAUCUUGAUUGCUGACUAUGUUCAAGCACUCUUUGAGUCCGGGAACAUGUGCCUUUUGCUUGUCUUCCUGCCAUGAUGAGCAACAGGGUAAGCCGGUAAGGUUGGAGUUUGGGUGGACUCUUCGACUUGGGAAAGAUAGGAUCGAGUGCCUGCCUUUCGGUGAGAACAGUCAUCAUGGAGUUCCAUCAUUUUGUUUCCAACUUCACCAAUCAGUUUCUUUGUUAAGUUUUGCUAGGGGUCCUCCUUAAAGCAUAGCUGAUGGGAGUGCAGAACAGUAUACACCAUUACAAAUAUAAAGUAGCGACAUAACAUUCUGAUCGACAUAUACUAGUCAUGAUCUAUGUGUGCUUGAAGCUACACUGCAAUUGACAAGUGACCGAAGCAGACCAGAGAUACCUGAAUUGAACAAGUUUGUAUGCUUUCUGCUGGGGAAGUUUUGAUACUUUAAUCAUCAGGUGUUGUGAUCAGCAGCAUAAAUGCUGGAGGCAGAGCUGCAUGGGCAGUGCAGAAAAGGUCCCUUGCCAACAUCUGUUUCCAUGACAUGAAUCCUGAGGGGCGAAGCUAAAGCAAAUUAGAGGGGGGUGCCUUUCUCUUAUAGUUGUGAAAAUUGAAUCUAUAACCAUGGUAAAAAUUUGUUUCUAAUAGUGAUUUUUCAAAUUUUGGUGGGUGCCUGGGCACCCACAACCUUCAACGUAGCUUCGCCCCUGAUCCUGAUAACAUCAAGUGGCGGAAAUGGAGGACGCAGGGGGGGCACCAGAUUAGUAGAUUACCCAGAGCUGUUGAUGGGCAUUGUAAUUGUAACUGUCUGUGAUUAAUAGAGUGUCAUUCCUUGCUUGUGGAAAAUAUAAAUCUGUAAUGAAUUGGUGUGAUCAGCUCA